AUGGCAGCGAAUACAACUUCUACAUCAAUUACUGGUACGCCAAGUCGUGGCUUUUUUGAACCAUUACAAUAUGAACGUUGUAUUAAUCGAUAUGAAUUUGGUAAUGAAUUGCUUGGACAUCUUUCAACCAUGUUUGAAGAACGAUCGCAUUUAGAACAUACAUAUGUUAAUGCAUUACGUUCUUGGUCAAGAAAAUGGCAUGGUGAAUUAACAAAAUUAUCUGAAUAUCCAUCAAAUAAAAAAGUUUGGGAUCAAAUUGUAUCAACAGGUGAACAAAUGGCUGAUAUACAUCAAACAAUAGCAUCAAAUUUACAUGAUAAUAUACAACCAAAAUUAAAACAAUGGAGAAAAGAUAAUUAUGAAAAAUCAAUAAUAAAUUAUAAAAAAUCAAAAGAAUUUGAAAAAGAAUUCGAACAGGUACAAAAACCAUGGAAUAAAUUACUUGAAUCAAUUCAUGAAGCAAAACAAAAUUAUUAUAAAUUAGCUAAAUUAUUAAAACAAGCUGACGAACAAAAAUUAUCAAUGCCAGCUGAAACACCAGCUGAAACACAAAAACAACUUGUUGAUAAUUAUAUACAACUUAAACUUAAUACUGAUACAGCACGAACAAAAUAUCAACAAUUAUUACGUGAUAUUGCACCUGGUGCUGAACCAAGGCAACGUUAUGAAGCUAAUAUGAUAGAAACAUUUCAACGUACACAAGCAUUUGAAAAGAAACGUUUAGAUUUUUUGAAAGAAAUAUUUACUGAAUAUAUUAAAACAUUACAACAACAAGCUGUUUUUAAUAAAAUGCUUGAUGAUUAUGUACGAGUUUUACAAACACAUAAUACUCAAGUUGAUCUUGAUGCUUGGUAUAAUAAUCAUGGACCUGGUUCACAAUCACAUUAUCCUGUUUUUGAAGAAUUUCAAGAUACUGUUUGA